AUGCAAUUGAAGUCAAGAAUUGCGAAUGAGGUCACCGGAGAGCGAGUCGACGUCCUCACAAGGCAAACGAGCCAACAUAAAGGCGCGCCUUGCCCGAGAAGCGAUCACAUUCUGAGUUGGAGAAUCCAUGGCGAAUUCGUUAUUAGACCAGGCAGCUUGGACUAUUUUGGUGUAUCUGGCAAGGUGCUUUUUUUGGACAGUCGUGGAAAAGCUUCAGUCGAAGCUCAUGUCAAUGCGAGGCUCCCAUGAAUCAUGGAACUGCCGGUGUUGGUCCAGGUCAGCAGAGGCCGGUAAACGGGAUCGUGGGUACUCCAUGGUGGCAUUGAGUUCGUGCACCGGGGUUCUGAAUGAGCCUAUCUCACUAAGUCUCACUUCUGAAUAACAAGGCCAGGAUUGCAAGAGCCGCUCAAUGCCGGUGGUGCUCGAAUCAGAGCAGUACAAAGUGCGAUGGCCUUCUGCCUGUUGCGAAGUGAGAUGAUAAGCCAGUAGAGCAGGACG